GACGGACGGACAAUGCAUCUGUGCCCCAGUGUUCGAUUAGAACCAUCCAGAUUAACUACUCAAAAUGUACUUCGUUAUCUUUACGCUAGCCGUUAUCUUUAUGAAUACUCUGGCCCUAGAAUCGACCGAGGAUGACUCCGAUAGUAACCUAUACAAUUCAUUUGCUCCUUCAACAACAAACUUCCAAGACAUAUAUAGGAACACAUUCAACAGAAAUGAAGAAUCAACGCCAGGUGAAGACGAGUUCACCCUAAAUGGCAUUCAAACCGUGGAAUUUCAUCCGAAGGUUCUGAAGAUCUCUCGCAUAACACCCUCCCCAAAACUACUCCUAAACGCUUCUUACUUGAAGAGGAAAGACGAAGUUACCGUAGCAAUCUCAACGGAAGAACCAGAACCAAUCAAAGUUAUACCAAUAUGGAAAAAGCAAAAGGGUGUGUUGGACGUACUCUUUCCUCCAACACGAGUGAAAUCCUUUAAAAAUGUAUUCGAUUCAAUUCGUCGCAUCCUUUCUUAUACGUUUCGUAAGUGAUAUUUUAUUUAUUAAUGAUUUAAUAGAAUAAGUAUGAGGUUUUAAUUUGUGCAUUUGGCAAGACGUUCUGUUAAGUUUUUUUUUUUUUUGGUAAUACAGUAAUAUGUUGUAGUAAUCAGCUGAUCUAAGAUUAUCAACGAAAUUUUAUACGCAAUCGGCUGUAUUAUUGUAAUCACUUUACUAUAAAAUUUAAACACAGCCCUAAGUGAAUUGUUAAGUUACACGUUUUUGUAUCUCCAGUUAUUACUGUUUUAUUAUGUUAUAUAUUCGUUUUUAUAUUUAAAGAGAAUUGUUUUUCGAAAUAAAUGUUAGCGUAUUA